AUGGUCAAUCUGAAUGGAAUACCGCCCAAAAACGGGCGCCAAUACUAUCUCGGGCUCGGGCUCGAGGGUUCCGCCAAUAAGCUCGGCGUGGGCAUCAUAAAGCACCCGGUCCUUCCGCGUCACGACAACAGCGAUCUGUCGCACGAGUGCGACGCUGAGAUCCUUGCAAAUAUCAGGGACACCUACAUCACGCCGCCGGGCGAGGGCUUCCUGCCGCGCGACACGGCCCGGCACCACCGCAACUGGGCCGUGCGGCUUGUGCGGCGCGCGCUGGACGAGGCCAAGAUCGACGGCCCCGCCGACAUAGACGUUAUUUGCUUCACCAAGGGUCCCGGGAUGGGCGCGCCGCUGCAUUCCGUGGUCGUCGUGGCGCGCACGCUCUCGCUGCUCUGGGACGUGCCGCUUGUCGGCGUCAAUCACUGCGUGGGCCACAUCGAGAUGGGUCGGGAGAUCACCAAGGCCGAGAACCCAGUGGUCCUCUACGUCAGUGGCGGCAACACCCAGGCGAUAGCGUACUCCGAGAACCGGUACCGAAUUUUCGGCGAAACUCUGGAUAUCGCGAUUGGGAACUGCCUGGACCGGUUCGCGCGCACUCUCAAGAUCCCGAACGAGCCUUCUCCCGGGUACAACAUCGAGCAGCUCGCCAAACAGUGCAAGAACAAAGAAAGGCUCGUGGAACUGCCUUAUACGGUCAAGGGAAUGGAUCUUUCGAUGAGCGGGAUCCUGGGCUACGUCGAGUCGCUUGCGGCAGACCUCUUCAGCCACAAUACCAGAAACAAGCUUCUUUUCGACCCCGAAACCAAGGAACAGAUUGUCACGGUUGAGGAUAUCUGCUACUCGCUGCAGGAAAACCUGUUUGCCAUGCUGGUCGAAAUUACAGAGCGGGCCAUGGCGCACGUCAACUCCAACCAAGUCCUUAUAGUGGGCGGCGUUGGCUGCAACGUGAGAUUGCAGGAAAUGAUGGCCCAAAUGUGCCACGAACGAUCGAAUGGGCAGGUUCACGCAACGGACGAGCGUUUUUGCAUAGACAACGGCGUCAUGAUAGCUCAAGCAGGUUUGCUACAGUAUCGGAUGGGCGGUGCCGUCAAGGAUCUCAGCGAGACUGUGGUCACUCAGAAGUUUAGAACAGAUGAGGUCUACGUUGCAUGGCGGGAAUAG